AUUUCAGGCCUAUUACAGAAACAGUUCUGGAGAAACCAGAACUAUUCUGGAAAAAACCAGAGCAGGGCAGGGCCAUGUGAUGAAGCACAUAUAGCCUAGACAUUAAUGUGUGGAAAUGGACCAUGGGCUAGGACGUGUGAGUAGGGAUGAAUUUGAAGCAAGCCAUUCUAGGAGGGACCCAAAAAGCCAAAGUGACCAUCUUCAACAUGGAGAUUCCAGUUGGGUGACAAUUGCUGAUUCAGUCUUUAACCUUAGUGCUAGGCCUGUGUUCUACUGGAUGCCCACAGCCUUGUAGGUAGUGGGGAGGGGGACAGGCUAAAAGCAGCUAGGGACAUGAGAGAGGACAGGUGGUACACAGGUGGUGCCCACUGUCAUUGGACAGGUACUUACUGACGGGUUGCCGUGUGCCACACUCUGCCCUCAGUUCUGGAAUCCAGAGAUAACAGAUGGAAAGAUCUUAAAACUGCCCCAGCCAAUUAUCCAGGCUGGGCCUGAGCUGCCCCCAUCAAUUAGCUGGACUGCAUUCCCACUGAGGCGUGUUCCCAAGUCUUCUGAGACUGUGCUCUCUAGUCUGUAUAGGCCAGUUGUUAACCUGGCCUGGUGAUUGGCAUCCCCAGUAGGGGAGGGAGUUGUCAUGGCUCUGACCUAGAUAUCAGAUACUGAGGUAGGGAGGAGGCAGUAGGGUCUUGAGGGGAGGUUACAGUUGUUUGGCUCAUUAGAGGCAUCCUGAGGUUUCCUUGCUGGAAUCCUCCAAGGGGCUGCAGACAAUCAGUGUAUUGUCAGCAGGGGCUACAGCAUGGAGAACAGCAGCAGCUACACAGAGGGCCCUGAGCCUUGUCCUACAGAGGUGAAGACUAAGCCCUGCCAUGGGAGCUGGAAAGCUGCAGGUCUGCUGCUGCUGCUGUUAGCCUUAGCCACUGCAGGGGCUGUGGCUGGAGGGCUUCUUGGCUUCACCCAUGACCCUCCCAAGCCACUGCUGCAGAUGCUCCGACUGACUCUCCCAAGCCCACGGGGGCCCUGGUCCAACCAAACUACUCUGGUGGACAUGGCCCGGAACAUGGCAACCAUUAUGGUGACUCCACCUCAGAGCAAUCGCAGCUGGGCAGUGCUGUUCGAUGGGCAAAACGGCUGCAUCUGCUACCGCCCAGCAGAGCACCAGGCCUGCUUCCUCCGCCUGAUGGAGGCUCGAGAUCGAGAGACCCUGCAGCUGAUGGUGAACACCUCCAGGUCUUUUUGCAGGUCCAAGAGUUCUAUGCCCCUGGCCAGGUCACCUACCAUGCCCAAGAGCUGCUGGCGGUGCAUGGGAGCCAUACCGUGGAUCCUACCCAGGUGGGAACUUCAGUCCAACAGCUCUGUGCAAAAACUCCCAUCUAUUGGGCUCAUCGAGUGGACGGACCCCAGAGACAGCGGCUGAUCUAUCUCUGCAUUGACAUCUGCUUCCCAAGCAACAUCUGCAUGUCUGUCUGCUUUUAUUAUCUUCCAGACUAAGUCCUUUGCCUGAUCCAUCUGGAUUUGUCUCCACAAGCCAGCAGUUGGCUGGUCACCAGCACUAUAGAGGGCAACUGCUGGCAGGAACAAAUAAACUCUUGCAUUGGC